AUGUCAUCAUCAAAUACAAACAACAAAAACAUUUUUGAAGAUUCAACAGUCUUUGAUUGCGGAGAAAUAGAUAAAGGAGAUUCAAUUAAUCAUUUAAGAUACGGAAAUCUUAGUUAUUCACGAAAUAACAUAACAAAUAACAAAUGUUAUGAAGAUGUUUUACUUGAUAUUUAUUCAGAACAGAAAUACAACAACAGUCAAUCAUCUUUCAUUGAUAACAAAGCAAACUCUAGAUGCUUUUUUAUUUUUAAUACUGGUCCACAUCAAUUUUAUUUAUGUAAUAUCAUUAGAAACAAUGCUAGUCAAUAUUGUUUUAAUUUAUAUCAAGCAACAGUUACAUUUGAAUCUUGUUCAAUCAAAAAUAAUAAUUGUACACAAACAUUUUAUUUUUGGUCAUCAAGUUCAGCUACAAUCAUUAAUAGUGAUUAUGAUGGACAAACAUCAAGUGCAACAAUAACAUACUCAAUAAACAAUUUAUACAACAAAUUAUCACAUCUUUCUACAGGACUUUGCGAAGCAAAAAAUAAAAUUGAAAAUAAUUUUGAAGAAGAAAAUGAGAUAAAAAAAUUCAACCAAAUGAAAAAUUUUUGCAUCUCCCAAUAUUUAAUCAACUACCAGUGUCAACAUCUUCUUAGCAUUUCUCAUAUUCCUUCAUAUUCAAUUUUAUCGCUGAUUAACUAA